ACAUUGGAUUCUCAGAAGUUUUCUCAAUUGGAUUGACACUUUUAUUUACGAACAACAUCAUACUAGAUUGUGACCUAUUGGACGGAAAAUUCUGUUUGGAUUCCCGAGAAGAAUUACGGAUUAAGAAAAGACAAAAGAUCGGACAUAUAUUUUGACAGUUAAGUUGACAUUUAUAUUUGUGUAAUACUUCUUGUAAACUUGUGUAUGAUAAAUCUUGUUAAAUUUUAUUAUUGAUUUGUGUCUUUUGUUGGCUACAAUUUAAAGGUGAUUUCUGGCCGUAACAGAAAUUGGGGGCUCGUCUGGGAGAACGUUAAUAUCAGAUUAAAAUUUUUUCAGUAUUUUUAUUGCAUUAGAAUUAGCCAACAAAAGUCAACAAUAUGGCAUUUGGUGCUGGUAAAUUUUUGAAAACGCCAGACCUGAAAGGGUUUGAUAAACUAAAGAAAGAAAAAUUAGUGUUGAUUGCUAAACAUCUAUGAGAAAACAAAUUAUAAAAAAAUUGGUAAUAGACAAUUUAGUUGACUCAGAAAUAUUUGGUGAAGAGGCUCUUGAACUCAAGGUAGAAAAUGUUGAUGCUAUCAAAUUAAAACAGCUUGAAUUAGAACAUGAACUUAAGUUAAAACAACUGGAAAAUGAAAAAGAAGAAAGACAGGCAGAACUUGAAAUGAAGGAAAGGUAAGAGAUGGAGAAGAUGGAGAAGAUGAAAGAAAAAGAAGAUGAAUUCAAAUUAAAGCAGGCAGAACUUGAAAUGAGGGAAAGGAUGGCAGAUUGGAGUGUUUUGAGAGGUGGUGAUAGAGACUUUCUGUCAUUUUUUGGAUCAUCACUCAAUUCAACAAGGAUGGGAGAUCAGACAAUAAUAGAAACCUUCUGUACGACAGACAAUAUUGACCAGAGUAUAGCAUAUAUUAACCAGGAACUAACAGUUCUAGGUUUCCAGACAAUAAGUUAUGAUAUACAAGACAGAGUACCAAGUUUAGUUAACAGAUUGUAUGAAGUAUUACGUCAGUUCCAAAGAAUAGGAAGAAUAAGAGAAGAACUCGAAAAUAGAAUCCAUCGUGUUACUGGGGAAUUAGACCAUUACCAAGCUAUGAAUAUGCGCUUUAAAACCGAGAAUGAAAAAUUAGAUAAAGAGAAUGGCAGAGAACAAGAGAAAUACAGACAGCUGGUAAACAAACAGAAGACAUUGUCAUCUAAACUUAAAGCUGAAAGAGAAGAGGUUAAGAGGUUACAAAGUAUAAUAAAAGACAGAGAUGCACAGUUCAAACAUGAGUUAAAGAAGAAGGAAAGAGAAAUAAACAAACUGAAAGAGAAAUUACAUCAACUGAUAUCAGAUAAAACUCCAAACAGAAGAGUUGGUUUGGACAUUGCUAAUUCUUUACAAAACAGAGAUGGUAAACGUAGCACAUGGAAGAGUGCAGGCAAUAAUAAACAGGAAGAGAUGUAUCAAAAUGUUAUACAUCAUUACGAAGAUAAACAGAGAGAACUGAUGUUGGAGAAUACCGAUCUACGUGAUUGUUUAGUUCAGAUGCAGAAAGAACUUGUCACAGUCAUCAAUGGAGAAGAAAUAGCCAACUGUAGUAUUAGUCCUAAUGAUAAUAAUUUAGAUGACACCUUCAGUGAUGAUGAUGAUAGUAGUUCUAUUUAUUCUGUCAAGAAGCCACCCGCUCUUAAUGAUAUCUCAGAUGGAUAUUUCCAGAUGCCAUAUGGUUUUAUGAAAGACAAUCUACAAAAGUCAUUCAGGGAAACAUGCAAAAAGAUUAAACAUAACAUGAAGCCUAAAAGACGUUUGCCAAGUCCCAAUAAAGGUACAGUGAACGUUACUCCACAGCCAAGUGAUUCCAAGUUUAAAGGAGAGUAUGACAAAUUACAGAAACAGAUCAGUAAAUACAAGGAUAUCAUUAAACAACAGGAAGAGUUAAUUCAGCAAUCAAUAACUUCUCAGUCCAGGUCAAUGGAGAAUUCCUUUCUCCAUGAAUCUCAUCUCCUACAAGAGAAAGAAACAUUGUCAGAACAGAAAAGAUGUUUUUUUCAAGAAAAGGCUAAUUUUGAAAAGGAAAGGAAACAUUUUACAGAGGCAGCCAUUAGACUCGGUAGAGAGAGACAAAGCUUUGAAGUGGAAAAGGCAACUGUAUUAAAGAAUGAGUUUUUACAGAUUUCUCCAUUUACAAAAUCUAAUUCAGUCACACCACAUAAAAGUGAAGGAACUCGUUUGCUGCCAUCAACUCCUGUUUUCUCACCUGCUCCAUCUGGUAAACCAAAGACACCAUCCACUGUAGAAUUGUAUAAGAUAUUAGGAUUGACUCCUAAAGACUUAUCCAGAAGAGAGAAGAGUACUCCAUCAGACAUACAAGACGACAAAGUAUCAACAACAGAAUCAAUACUGACACAAUCGUGUAGUUCAGCACCAUGUGAUCUCAGGUCAGAAACUUUGUCAGACAUUCAUAUUGCUCCACGAAGAACUUUAUUUCGAAGUUCAAGUACUGGGGAUGAUUUAGAUGUAUGAGUUGUUCUCCUUAACAAAGGGUACUUACAAAAACAACAGAUAAAAUACAAAGAUCUCAUAAAUGAAUUUAUAUCUGCCUCAGUGUGAAUUGUAUAUUUUUAUAAUGUAUGUAUGUUCUGUUGUACAAGUGAAAGUCAAUGGCACUGUUUUCUUAUGUUAUUUGUUGGUUAUGUUUUGUAAAAGAAUUGGAUUUAGAGCAUGCUGUGCUAUUUUCAGCUUUUGUUAUGAUACAAUUGUAUUUAUAUGUUAAAUGUAAGUGAAAAUAUAGAUGUAGACAAUUAUAUGAAUAAGUAAUCUUUUCUGAUUUUGUAGUGUACUUAUUAGAGGUCCUAGUAAUUAAUAUUUAAGUUUUUUAUUUUGAAUGCAACAUCUUAUAAAAUUUUUUUAAAAAGUCUGAAUUGAAAUACUCAUAUUUCUUUGAUAUUUCUUCUUAUUUAAUGUUCAGUGUGGUUAUAAUUUCUAUUUUUUUUUUAAAUACAUGUGAAUGAAUAGGAAUUGAUUUUUAAUGAAUGCAUAAUUAAGAAGAUUGGUCAAGUUUUUCCUGUGAAGAAUUGAUGAAUUAUUGAAAACAAAAUUUGGAGAAUCUAGCAACUUAAUAUAAAACUUUAAGGCAUUUGUUGCAUGUGAAAUGUAAAUAUCAUAUUAACAGACAUAGUCCAUUUACAGGGAAAUUUGACUUAUGUUUACAGUUUUGUUUUUUUGGAAGUUUGUGUUGUAUGUAAGUGCAUUUAAACAGAAAUUAUUAAUUGUAUAUAUGUCAUAUAUCAAUGUAUAAAGCUUUAAAUGUUAAAAGUGCAAUUAACACUUUUAUAUACUGUAUCAAGUGUACAAUGUCAUCCGUCCUCUCAUAAACAUUUCUACACGAUCAGGAAUACAUGUAUAAUGAUACACAUUAUCUAUGUUUAUAACAUCUAAUUUUUAGCAUAUGAUAACAAAUAUGAAUAUUUUUUGUAUUUUUUAAAAGAAAUUCUUACUUAUCAUAAGUACAUUUUAUGCCUUGUAAUCAUUAUAUCAUUCUGUUAGUCAGGUUAUCACAGCAUCAUUCUGUAAGUCAGGUGAUCACAACAUCAUUCUGUUAGUCAAGUGAUCAUCAGGAAAUUCUGUCAGUCAUGUAUUCAUCACAUAAUUCUGUCAGUCAUGUAAUCAUUAUAUCAUUCUAUUAGUCAUGUGAUGAUUACACCAUUCCAUCAGUCAUGUGAUCAUAACAUCAUUCCAUUAGUCAUCAUCACAACAUUCCAUCAGUCAUGUGAUCAUCACACCAUUCCACUAGUCAUGUGAUCAUUAUGUCACUGCAUCAGUCUUGAGAUCAUCACAACAUUCCACCAGUCAUGUGAUCAUCACACCAUUCCACUAGUCAUGUGAUCACACCAUUCCACUAGUCAUGUGGUCAUUAUGUCACUCCAUCAGUCUUGAUAAUCACAACAUUCCAUCAGUCAUGUGAUCAUCACACCAUUCCACUAGUCAUGUGAUCAUCAUAUCAUUCCACCAGUCAUGUGAUCAUCCCACUAUUCCAUCAGUCAUGUGAUCGUCACACCAUUUCAUCAGUCAGGUGAUCAUCAUGGCAUUCUAUCAGUCAUGUGAUUGUCAUGUCAUUCCAUCAGUAAUUUGAUUAUUUUGACAUUCCAUAACUCAUGUAAUUAUUACAAUAUUCCAAUAAUGAGCCAUAAUUGGGGGUUUUUUUUUAUUCCAAAUUUUUUUGUAAUUCCAUGAUAAUGUUUAUCAAAACCAUGUGAUAGGACAUUCCAUUAGCUAGAUAAAAACUUUGGUAGAGUAAUGCUUUAUGUUAAAUGCUAUGCAAUUCUGAGUAUGUUUCAACAGUGUAUGUGUAGUUUGUUUCCACUCUUAUCUACUUAUUCCUAAAUUUGUCGUUUCUGAUGUAUUCAUCGUAAAUUUCACGUUUUAAUUUUUGUCUCGCCUUGACGGAGUCAAAAAGCGAGACAUAGGUAUGGUGUUUCCGGCAUCCGCGGCAGCGUCGUCAACAAUGUAUUAGUUUGUGAUUAGGUCAGUUUACGGGGAACCACUAGUGGUAGGUCAAUGAUAUUUGGUAUGCAGUUGUAUAAGCAUUGGCACAUCUCAUUACCAUGGAGAUUACUUGGCCCCACCCCCUCAGUUAUGGUCAUUUGACUUUGAAACUUUGCUUAGUUUACAUGUAUUAGUUUGUGAUUAGGUCAGUUUAUGGGGAACCACUAGUGGUAAGUUAAUGAUAUUUGGUAUGCAGUUGUAUAAGCAUUGGCAUAUCUCAUUUCCAUGGAGAUUAUUUGGCCCCGCCCCCUCAGUCAUGGACUAUUGACUUUGAAACUUUUGCUUAGUUUACAUGUAUUAGUUUGUGAUUAGGUCAGUUCAAGGGGAACCAUUAGUGGUAGGCCAAUGUUAAUUGGUAUGCAGUUGUAUAAGCAUUAGUACAUCUCAUUUCUAUGGAGAAUAUUUGGCCCAGCCCCCUCAGUCAUGGUCUAUUGACUUUGAAACUUUUGCUUAGUUUACAUAUAUUAGUUUGUGAUUAGAUCAGUUUAAUAUGAACUGCUAAUGUUAAGUCAAUGAUAUUUGGUAUGCAAAUUUAUUGGCAUUUGCAAGUCUUGUUUCCAUUGAGAUUAUAUAGCCCCACCCUCUCAUCAUGGUUCAUUGACUUUGAAACUUUUACAUAGUUUACAAGUUAAUAAUUCUUAUAUGAUUUGCAUAUCUAUAAAUACUUGAAUUGGAUUGGUCAAUUAGAAUUUUUCUUUUGGUUUACACUUCGAUAAACCAUGUUCCCGAAACUAGUUUCGUAAUCUAUUCAUGCGCGAUACACAUGCUUGCAGGGAUCCCGGGAAUUUAAGCAAAUUGAGAUUAAAAAAACAAAUGCAUAACAGUUGUUUCUAUUCUAAUGUAUUUAUAACAAGAAAUGAAUAAAAUAAAUGCACUAAAGCUCCGAAAAUGUAUAAAAUGAAUGAUUUGGCGAGUUUACGUCAUGGCAAAACACGACGUCAUACGAAUGAAAACUUUCAAGGGAAAGAUUAUUUCGUUACUUGUACGCUUUCAAUUCGGAUAAUAUCUAAAUAAAAUGAAGUUUUGGAGGUAGGUGCUAUUUCAUUUUAGAUUCCGUUGCAUUUAUCGAACAUUUAUGGAUUUUAGAAAGUCAAUAUGACGGCCAACUCCUUAGUUACGACCUGCCAAUUGUUCAUUUGAUGGUAAUUAUAGUAGCCUUUACACUAAAAUAUGUUAAUUAAAAAUAUUUGGCUUAAGAAUUAUAAGGAUUAAACACAUUUUUUCUAGAGGUUAUUGAUGUGUAAACCGGGUCUCUAACUCACAAACUUUACAUAAAAGUUAAUGUUUAUGUUUAGGUUUGUUUAAAGAGAACGACUUAUGGUCAAUGGUAUUUGGUAUGCAGUUGUAUUAGCAUUGGCACAUUUCAUUUCCAUGGAGAUUGUUUAGUCAUGUACCUUCAGUCAUGGUUCAUUGACUUUCAAUAUUUGCAUAACUUACAUGUUAAAGUAUUGCUAUUCUAAUUUCAAGAUUUGCAUUAUCAAAAUUACAAAAAGGCGAGACAUAUCUCUGUGUUAACAGUUUAUUUUGAAUUUCUAAGCUGAACUGACAAAACAUUUGAAGAUUAUAAAUGGAACAUUUAUCCACAUUUAAAAGACAAAUUUAAUAACUUUUGGACUCUUUCUUUAUUUUACAUAAAUUCAAAUUUCAAUGUACAUUUAUUAAUGUUGCUCCCUAAUGGGUGUAGAUAAGCUACCAUUUUUUCUAGAUCUGAAUGUAUAAUGUCAUUAAUGCCUGAUUAUAUUUUUUAUACCUGCCAAUAUAGAUUUUCCCGUUAGAGAGAGACUCCCCAUUUGAACUGAAUUUCCACCUUAAGACAUCUUCAACAUUGGUAGAAAUCUACUAUAAGCACCCCCAUUUUUAGAUUACCUUUUUUUUCUACCUCUUUUGGAUACCUACAAAUAUUUACUCAUUAUAACCCCCAGUGAAAUAUUAUUAUUGGGUAGAUGUCCUUUAACAAAGUUGUUAACAGGUAUGUGUUAGAUCUGACUUUAUUGUUUUAAGAGUUUUCUUUAAUAUAAUGUUGUAUAAUUUACUUUAUAUAAACAAGGGUACUUAUAUGGUCACUGUAUGUAGCAUAAUGUAUACAAUAUAUUGCUCAAUGCACAUUAAUAUAUAAAGAUAUUUUUAUGUUUCAUUUCUUUUCAUAGACUUAUAAUUCACUGUAUAAUUGUUUUCUAGCAUAUAUAUAUUGUUUAACAUUUAAAUACAUAUCAAUGAAUUAUUGACAAAACUACACAGGCAUGCAGUCAUGCCACUCCCAUGAUAGAUGAUCAUACGAAAUGUGUAUUUGAAAAUACAUCAAAUGAUAAAUUAUUUUUUUUAAUUUGAAAAAAAUAUUCAUCAAAGAUUUUUAUCAUAAACAUGCAUAUUCUGCAUAGCAAAGUUAAUGAAAAGAAAAAAUGUCAGCAUGAGAUUGAAAUCAAUGAAUUUUGAACAAUAUUUACAAAUACUUUGAUAGAAAAAUACACUAAGAAAUAUGCAUGUAAUACAUGCGAUAUGUCACUGUUUACAUUGUUUUAUAAUAUCUGUAUUAAAUGGCAAACUGUAUGCAAGAUAAGUUUAAUGUGCUUUUUUGGUGAAUAAUCUCAGAAUAUCAAAUAAGAUGUGUAAUGGUACUUUAAGGCCAUGCAGAAUUUAUUAUUUUUUUUUAUUCUAGAGAUGAGCAGAAUGAUGACUGGAUAUAUAAUAAAUUCUUAAUAAGCUUAUUAUUGAGAAAAAUAAACAAAUAUUUAGGUAUAGAAUAGUAUAAUUUAUUGUUAGGUAAAUGGAUAAUAUUUUAAUUUAUCAUCCUUCCCUUUGUCUAUAUCUCCCUGCUAAGUCGUUCCAUAAUUCUAUAUAUAGUAUCAUAGCCUCAAGAUGUGAGCAGGCAUUAUCAGUGUUUGAGGAGAAGUUAUCAGCGACUUCACAAUGUGUGAGAACAUGUUAUCAAGCUUGCUCUUCUUCAAGCGUAAAUCUGACUAAGGGAGGGAAAAUAGACCAGUAUUAGAAAGAUAAACAGAUUAUCAGGAUUUUUAUUUAUAGAUAUCGUAAAAUAUCAGCAGCUCGACACAAUGCUUACUCGCCAAAAAGGUUCACAUCAAUGUGUAGAAAACAAUAAUCUAUACAUGUAUUAUUUGCAAUUUGUGUAAAAUGACAAAUAUCUGGUGUUUUUUAUUUCCUUUUUUUUUUUUUUUUUUUUCAUGUUAAUUCAAGUCCUUCUAUUUUAAGAAUGAAAAAAAAAUUAAGUAUGGUCUUAAAAUGCAAAAGUUGAUUAAGAAAUAUUUAGGCUUAAGGUUACUUUAUAUUUAUAAGUAUCACACUUUAUACCUGGUUUAGACCUUUUAUUUGAGAGUGGUGCUUUUCUAUACAUUACAAUGCAUUUAUAGCUUAUAAUAAACCCACUUGCUGUCAUAUUUUAAGUGCUUGUGCCUUGCCAAAUCAUAUCACAAAAUGUAUUGUGGUAGUUCUCCAUUGUACCAAAAUAACUGCCAUCCAUCAAACAGAUUUUUAUUUUUGUUAUAUUUUCUUUGUAAUUUCACUAUGUUUACAAGUUAAUAAAGUUUAUUUAUUUCA